CAACGUAAGAGCAAGCACCUCUCUUAAUUGCGGAGGAGCGCAGCUCACCCCGCCCAGGCGGUGGCAGCAGCUAGCUCUGGCCAUUCCACGAGCUGGCACCGCGCAGGGCGGGCGCUCCGCUCCUAAAUAGCUUUUCUCAGGGCGGGCUGGGGCCACUCCGUGCUGAGAGAGCGGGCCGCCGAGAGCGGGCUGGGAGAAGCUGAGAAAGAGACGGCUGCUGCCGCACGCGGCGUGGCCUCCGCUGCCGCCGCCACCACCGCCACUGCCCCCGAACGCGCCGGGGCACCGAGUCCGCGCGCCACAUGGGACACAGGCGGACUGAAUGAAGCUUCCCCGCUGCCUCCGUCUCUGAGGCGGGAGAACGGAGCCGCCGCCGCCGCCGGCCAACCGGCACAUCCCCGCGGCUGCCUCUCCUUUUCGCUGUCGCUGAGCGUCCCCCACUGGGCGCCGCCAUGGUCGACAGGGGUCCCCUGCUCACGUCCGCGAUAAUCUUCUACCUGUCCAUCGGAGCAGCGAUUUUCGAAGUCUUAGAGCAGCCUUACUGGAAGCAAGCGACGAAGAGCUACAAGGACAAGAAAACGCAACUCCUCAAGGAUUUUCCCUGCCUGGGCCAGGAAGGGCUGGACAAGAUCCUGCAGGUGGUAUCAGAAGCUGCUGGACAAGGGGUUUCUAUUGAUGGCAAUGACACCUUCAACUACUGGAACUGGCCUAAUGCUGUCAUCUUUGCUGCUACUGUGAUUACAACCAUUGGAUAUGGAAAUGUUGCUCCGAAGACUGUAGCUGGACGACUUUUCUGUAUAUUUUAUGGACUCUUUGGUGUUCCUCUCUGCUUAACAUGGAUCAGUGCUUUGGGAAAGUUUUUUGGAGGACGUGCCAAGAGGCUGGGCCAGUUCCUGACAAAGAGAGGAGUAAGCCUGAGAAAAGCACAAAUUACAUGCACUGCUAUCUUCAUCCUCUGGGGAGUCCUGAUCCACCUGGUUCUUCCUCCCUUUGUCUUUAUGGUGACUGAAGGCUGGGAUUAUAUUGAAGGUCUCUACUUCUCAUUCAUCACUAUUACCACCAUAGGAUUUGGAGACUACGUUGCUGGUGUGAAUCCAAAUAUGACCUACCAUUCACUCUACAGAUACUUUGUGGAGCUGUGGAUCUACCUAGGCUUAGCAUGGCUUUCUCUCUUUGUUAACUGGAAGGUCAGCAUGUUUGUUGAGGUCCACAAAGCAAUCAAGAAACGAAGGAAAAAAAGGAAGGAGUCCUUUGAGACCCACCCUCCUACAAAAAAAGCUCUUCAGAUGUCUAACCCAAAAGAUGUGAACAUUUUCAGCUUCCUUUCCAAGAAGCAAGAGACUUACAAUGAUCUCAUCAAGCAGAUUGGAAAGAAGGGUCUGAAAACAAGCAAUGACAAAAUCCUAAAUGGAGAGCCAAUGAAGCCAGCCUUGCAACAUUCUAGCCAAGAUGUCAAAGUGAUGUACACAAGGAGCAAGUUAUUUGACUAUGAUGAAGUUUCUCUGGGACUCCAAAACUUUCAUGUUAUGAGGCAUCUAACUGAUAGGCGAAUUGGGGAUAGCGCAAUUGAGGGCAGUGGGUUUGUAAAUCAACUGGAUCGGAUCAGUGAGGAAGAAGGGGAAGCAUGGGACUCCAGGGACUAUCGACCCCUGAUCUUUGAAAAUGCCAAUAUAACAUUUGUAAAUGAAGAUGAGGAUGAAGAGGAUAUUUCAGAUGAUGAAGAAACUUCAAAGUCGUCUAUGGAUGACAAUCUUGCAGAGGAACCCGAGUCUCCCAAAAAACUGGUGACAUUUUCAUCCUCUGAUGAAUCUACAUUUACCAAUAAUGAUUUAGAGAUAUCUGUGCCUUAUGAGCAGCUAAUGAAUGAAUACAACAUAGUGAAUACUGCAAAAGCUGCAACGUGAAUAACAGCUUUUUCUUUUUUGUUACUGGCUUCCUGAAGAUCCUUUAACACAGAUUUGAACAGAUGGACAUGCUUGAGGAGGGAAAAGAGGAAGGUGUACCAUGUUUGGCAUUUUCCACUGCCACCACCUCCUUGCAUUAGCAUGCUGAAAGUGUUCAACAGCUGGAUGUUAUCUCUAGUUGUUUGUUACUCAGUUUGAUUACUCACUGUGAAGUGACAAUUCUAAUAACUCGAGGGUUCCUUUUCCCUUUGGGGAGUUGGUCAUGCUUGAAGUUAGGAAGAAAAGCCUAGAGUUAUUGGGCCUAUUCAGUAUUUGAUUAAGAAUGACGUUCUGAUUUUGAAAUCAGACUGGUUUGGAUUGAUUGUAUGUAUAACAUGGCUGGUUACUGCACUAACUCUUGAUUUCUGAAAAACUGAAUUCAGAUCAUGUCUAGGCGCAGAGUGGAAAAUGUUGAUUGUUUCAUGCAAGCUCAGAAUCGCACAAUGAAGCUCUCUUUCCAUUCUCCUUCAAAGGGAUGCUUUGAACCAGAAGGGCUGAGUAUCUAAAGGUCAGAGUUGAGAUACAUUGGCAGUCCUGACUAGGGAACUUGAACAAUAACUGCUCAAGUUAUGCCAGUUCUGUUGAGUCGUGAGCUGAAGGUCCAUGAACAAAAGCACUAACUUAGACACAGAACCAAUUUUAUGGAGACAUUAUAUCUUCUAUUAUACAAGAAAAUAUCUGCAGUUAAACCUGGUGAUAAUGAAAAGUACAUAUGACUAAUAUUUAAAAUUUAGUAACAGAUUGGUGCGAGAUUGCAGAUGACAGAUUUAAAAUGAAGAAAAGCACAGUGGCAAACUUGUGUUUUGUCUCAGAAGUGCCCUUCCAUUGUCCAUAGUCUACAGAAAAUACUUGAAUUUCAUGUGCUCGUGUCUCCUAAGUGAAGUUUGGUGACACUGCCCUUUUGAAUGACUGAUAUAUAUAUAUAUAUAUAUAUAUAUAUAUAUAUAUAUAUAUAUAU